GUUAUCAUAACCGAAUCGAUUCAGACAUUUCGGUUAUGGUUAAAAACCGAACUGAAAAUCGAAUGAACACCCCUAAUUCCAUUGAUGCAUCUGGCUCUAUAAAUUCAAGCUCUUCUGCUUUCAUCUCUAAAUAUUAAGCUAGGUAACAAUGAAAGCUACAUUAGUGGUACUCUUUUUCCUACUCUUCGCCUUUGUCAUCAAACUAUUCCCCCAUGCAGUGGAUGCUGCACCUGAUCCAGUGCUUGACAUUGCUGGUAAGAGGCUUAGAACCGGUGUUGAUUAUUACAUUUUGCCAGUUAUCCGAGGAAGAGGUGGAGGCCUCACGCUCAGCAGCACUGGAAAUGAGACCUGCCAGCUUGACGUUGUCCAAGAGCAGCACGAGGUAUCACAUGGUCUACCAUUAACAUUUUCACCUGUGAACAUGAAGAAAGGCGUAGUUCGGAUAUCCACUGAUCUAAACAUCAAGUUCUCUGCUAUGACAAUCUGUGUCCAAUCGACAGUGUGGAAGCUUGAAAACUAUGAUGAAUCAACAGGGCAAUGGUUUGUGUCAACUGGUGGCAUUGAAGGAAAUCCUGGUCGGGAAACUAUUGACAACUGGUUCAAGAUUGAGAAGUAUGGAGAUGAUUACAAGCUUGUUUUCUGUCCUACUGUGUGUGAUUUCUGCAAAGUUAUAUGUAGAGAUGUUGGCAUCUAUAUUGGAAGAGGAAGGCGGUUUUUGGCUCUGAGUGAGAAGCCGUUCAAAAUUAUGUUUAGGAAGGCUUGAAUGCUUACCAAUCAGAGGAUCAAUACCGAAACAAUGUUAUCAAAUUGAUUUUCCUUCGAUGUAAUAGACAAGGAUAAUCAGUUGAUGUAUCUCCAUGUGAUUUCAAUCAUGCAAUAAACAGGCCAGAUUGCCUCCCCUUGGUGCCCUGU